AUUAAGGGCAAAAUUGUCUUUGCAUUGUGUGAAAGCUGAUUGAAAAUUGAGUUCCUUUUUCGUUCCUUUGUUCGUUCCUUUGAUUUGCAUGGUCCAGAGGGAGAGAGCGAGUUAUAAAGAAUAAAGUCACAGGGACUUAAUCGUUAUCGGCGAAGUGAGAAGCAUCAUAGAUCAGUAUUUCAUGUCUGGGACACUUCAUUAGAGACCAGAGAAAUAACUAGGAGAUAUUGCAACCUGGGAUAAAGCUGAAAGUUGUGUUAAAGAAGCUUUAGAUGAUUUUGCCAAGCCUUGGCAGAGUUUGAAGGGACGGAGGAAGCUCUGGUAUUGUUCGAAGCUUGUUGCAAUUGUUUAUGUCUAGAUGUUGCAGUUGAGUAAGAUUGUUGAAGGAAGAAGAACUCUCUAUUAUCUUGAAAGCUUUCAGCUAAAGGAUUUGGGGAUAGAAGACCUAAUCACUGUUACAUGGAGGAUUCAGAGCAGAGGAAGAAAAGGCUGAGAAAAAUGCGCAUGCAAGCUGAUCAUGCUGAAGUUUCUGGUGCUGUGGAAGGUUCUGCUAUGCCCGGUUCUCUCUCAAAUCCCUUGAUUGAAGCUCCUUUAACUAUGCCAUCAUGGGAUAAAUCGUAUGCUGCUCCGAGGUUUGACUUUUAUACAGAUCCGAUGAGUGCCUUCUCUUCAAACAAAAGGAACAAUACCAGUAUCCAGGCUGCACCGGAUAGUUUCCCUCCAAAUGUUGGUCGCUCUCCUAUGGCACAAUAUUCAUCCCCACAUCCAGAUAUAACAGAAUCAACAAAUCCACGGAUGACUCUGCCUCCUUUUCAAGUAUCAGCACCAACAUAUGGAAACAUGGAUUUUAGUGGAACUAGAGGCCCUGCUCACGAUAACUUCCUAUUCCAUCCAUCAAGUGUUGGUAGACAUCCAAAUCCUAGAUUUGAACCAUCAGGUGGUCCAUUAUAUAACUCUACUCAAGGCAUAGCUCACCGGGCCAGUUACAGUCCUAAUCCUUCUCCAGGGUACAACAACCGUACUAGGCCCAGUUACAGUCCCAAUCCUUCUCCAGGAUACAGCAACUGUCAUAGGCCCAGUUACAGUCCCAAUCCUUCUCCAGGGUACAACAGUCCUAGGCCCAGUUACAGUCCCAGUCCUUCUCCAGGAUACAGCAACAGUCAUAGGCCCAGUUACAGUCCCAAUCCUUCUCCAGGAUACAACAACAGUCCUAGGCCCAGUUACAGUCUCAAUCCUUCUCCAGGAUACAGCAACAAUCAUAGGCCCAGUUACAGUCCCAAUCCUUCUCCAGGAUACAGCAACAGUCCUAGGCACAGUUACAGUCCCAAUCUUUCUCCAGGAUAUAGCAACAGUCCUAUGUCCAGUUACAGUCCCAAUCCUUCUCCUAGACACAGGAGCAGUCCUAGGCCUGGUCAAGGGCGAGGCAGGGGUGUAUGGCACAACCCUGGUAAUUCUGUUUCAGGACGGGGUAGUGGACGAGGACCAAAUUUUCAUGGUCAUUUGUCCAACGAAAACGCAGGUCCUGGUCCCAAUCGGUUUUACCAGAGCUCCAUGGUUGAAGAUCCAUGGAAUCAUUUAGAGCCUAAAAUAUGGGAAGCAAUCGAUGGUUCUUUACAUUCUUCACGUAUACUUGAGAAAGUAAAACCCUGGAUUUCAAAAUCAAAGAGUACAAUAGGAGAGGGAUCAUCUGCUGCUUCUGUCAAGUUCCGUUCUGAACAAAGCCUUGCUGAGUACUUGGCUACUGCAUUCAAUGAAGCUGCCAACGAUGCAGAAAAUGUAUGAUGACAGCUGCUCGUUACAUGAAGGGUCCAUCAUGACGUUACAGAGAGGAAUGAAUUUCCAGCCAGUGAAAAAACCAAAUAAAUUUCAAGUCACUUCAUAGAUUAAUGCCAAGGAGGUACUAUUUGUACUAAAACACAAGAAAAUUUUUGGGAUGUGUUUGGUACCUGGGACGGUUUGAUAUGUUGGCAUCCAAUUAAUUGUGUACUAUCUAAAGUUGUACCGGUCCACUUAAAAAGUCCAUUCAUAAUUUGUUUUGUUUAGAAAGUAGAAACUGCAAAAUUAUAAUCACAUGUGAAGCGCUGGUACCUGGUGAAAUCACGAUCAAAUGCUUUAUAACUCA